AUGGAGCCUGUCCGCGCCCGUAAACGACCCACUCCGGGCCCGAUGACGGAAUCGCGGGUCCGGCCAGCCGAGAGCGAAGCCUCCGACGACAACCGAAAACGCAUCGACUUCACGGAUCUACCCGCAGAAAUCCAUCUCCUCAUCUCAAAGCAGCUCAUCUAUCCGGAUGCGCUUUCGUUGAAGCACACAAGCAGCUACUUCUACUACCUCGUCGACACCGGCGUGCGACUCAAGGUCGAGUGGCUCAUGGAGCGGCGCAUGCUGCAUCUCGAGUGCCCCAACGACAGACGAUGUGACCUCGGCAGCGACCUUCGCUUCUGCAGGGGCAGCGUGCCGCUCCUGAUGCAGAGACGGCGAGAACACAUCGAGUGCGAGUCGAGGCCUGGCCUUGGAUGCCUGGUCUACGGCACUUCAAUGUGCUCUCAUCGUCGAAAGAUUAGUGCGAGAUGUCAGCGCUGGCUGAGGCGCAGGCUGACGGUCGAGUUGUGGUGGGUCUUGAUUGCCUUGAUCCCGGUUGCGCUGUGCUGGCUAUGGAUGGGCGAGGUCAUCAUGAUGGUAUCCAAGAGCGUAGGGGAGUCAACAAAAGCCAGUACGGGAUGGUUGGUGCGGUGA